CGCGCCUCUCCUCACGCCGCCAUCAUGGUGGCCCAAACCCGCGGCCAGAACUCCCCUCACAAGCUCAAAUUCCAGCAGAAGCUCGGCGGGCGCGGCCAGACGACAGAUGCUCUCCAAAAGAAACUCAAGACGCUGCACAGCGAGCUCAGGGAGAUGGACCAGGAGCACGUCGACGUGAACACAUUGUCCGGAGUGCGCAAGGAGCUCAUCGAGGACACCAUUCUCAUGCACAAGGACACUGGAGUCAAGGCAUACGCGGCAUGCUGUAUCGCAGACCUCUUACGACUCUAUGCUCCGGACGCGCCUUAUACCCAGCGCGAGCUCGAGCGCAUCUUCUCGUUCUUCUUCCAACAACUCGCUCUAUACCUCAAAGGCGGCGACUCUCCAUACUACGAAGAGUACUUUGACCUCCUGGAAAGUCUGUCGACUGUCAAGAGUGUUGUACUUGUGUGCGACCUGCCGGACGCGGACAAGCUCAUGAACGAGGCGUUCCGCAAGCUGUUCGCGAUCGUGUGCCACAACCCGCCCAAGAAGAUCGAACUCUUCGUGGCCGACAUCCUCACAGCGCUCAUUGACGAGUGCCAGAGCUUGCCGAAUGGUGUAUUGGAGUGUCUCCUGUCGAAGUUCAUGGUAGAGGACUUGCGUAUGGAGAACCCUGAGUAUCGCCUUGCCGUACAAAUUUGUAGCGCGACCGCCGACAAGCUGCAGCGACAUAUAUGCCAGUACUUCACGGAGGUGGUCGUGGAGCAGUCUCGCGCGGAGCAAUUCGACGAGGUGGCCAAAGCACACAGCCUGGUCAAGCGGCUGAACAGGUCAUGCCCAGCCCUGCUGCACAACGUCGUACCACAGUUGGAGGAAGAGCUCCGGGUGGCAGAAGGUCGGCUACGAACCAUGGCGACAGAAGUCCUAGGUGAGAUGUUCGCAGACAAAGGCGGCGCGGACUUCGUACGGAAGUACCCGACGACAUGGAACGUAUGGCUCAUGCGGAAGAAUGACAAAAUGGCCUCAGUUCGGCUGACGUUCGUCGAAGCGGUCAAGGGCGUGCUGGGCAACCUUCCCGACCAGCAGGAGGCCAUUGAGGACGUAAUGCAGCAGAAGCUCUUUGACCCUGAUGAGAAAGUGCGUGCGGCAGUUUGCAAGCUGUACUCUCAGCUCGACUAUGAGACAGCGCUGCACCAUGUGUCUCCUGCCAUGUUGCGCGCUGUUUCUGGACGUGGCCUUGACAAGAAGCAUGUCGUACGCGUAGAGGCUCUCAACGCAGUUGGCCGGCUGUACAGCCUGGCAUACCCUGAAAUUGAGAACAACGACCCGGCGGCAAUUACUCAGUUCUCAUGGAUACCGGAGGCGAUCUUGCACAUGGCUGGGACCACGAUAGAAGUGAAAUCCAUCGCAGAGCAGAUACUUGCUGACUUCAUAUUUCCACUCCCUUCGCCACCAUCAAGCUCAUCAUCAAAGAAUACUGGUGAAGUCGACGAAGCCGCUUGGACAGAUCGCCUGCUCUACAUCAUGACAUUUCUGGAUGAGCAAGCUACGAAUGCUCUUUUGAGCUUCUCCGGACUGAAAGGCCUGACGCGCCCAUCGACCGAGCGGUUCGUACAAGCCUGUAUCGACUACAACGGAGGCAUCAUAGACGCAGACGAGGAGAAGGUCACCGAGCACCUCAAGCUCUCCACUAGACGAAUCGCAGCCACCUUCCCGGAUCCCCAGAGAGCAAUGGAAGACCUGCACGCGUUUGCGAAGCUUAACGAAAGCCGUCUGUACAAGUUGCUCAAGACAUGCAUGGACACCCAAGUAGACCUCAAGAGCCUCGUCAAAUCCACAACCGAGUUCAUACGCCGAAUGGAGCAGUCAUCAUCGUCUCUAGUGCCGACGAUGACAAUCUUCCUCCGCCGCGCGAGCUUGCGACUGGUGAACCAGUCUUCGGUACCGACGCUCAUCAAGCGUGUGCAGAAGGGCGACUCCGGAGACGGAGUAGGCUCAAGCCAAGCAGACGCGCUGGCGCGCAAUGCGCAGAUAUGGAUGAACCACAUUGCUAAGCAUGGUGCACCAGUGUACAAGUCCCACGUGGGCGAACUGUCGAAAGCCAUCGCGGACGAGAAGAACACGAGGCUCGUGGAGGUGUGCUUGCAGGCUCUGGCUGCAGUGUCUAACCUCGACAAGAAACUUGCCCCCAAUGAUAAGAGGACGUUGGACCGAGUGAUGAAAUCCGUCAUGAGUCCAAAUGUGCGCCAUGCCAAGUUUGCAGCACGUAUACUUGCGCAUUGCAAGGACUCGGAAGAGGCAUGUGGGACACUAGUCGAGUCUAUUGCCGAUGCCCUUCCGCAAGUCGAUUCUGAUCACCUCGCUGCACAUAUGGCUGUGUUGGCUCAAUUGGCUCUGAAGGCGCCGGACGCCUUCGAGCAUAAGAGCGACGUGGUCACAAGCUUCCUGAUCAAGAAAGUUCUCAUGAAACGUCAAGAGGAAAAUGAUGAGAUGGACACGGAGGAAGAGUGGGUGGAAGACUCCGCGAUGACACCACUACUCAGAGCGAAGUUGUACGCGCUGAAACUCUGUCGCAAUCGAUGUCUCGCGCAUGCACGGUCCGAGACUGCUGUCGAGAUCGCGCGGCCAGUCCUAAAGAUGUUCAUCGCGCUACUGCAGAACGCUGGGUCGCUUACGGCGGAUGCACACGAUGAUGUGAAGACAAAGGCACGGCUCCGGUUGCAGGCUGGCAUCUCCAUGCUCCAUCUUGCCACUGUAGAAGCGUUCUCGAAUGAGAUUACUGAGAACUGUAUUCUUGUCGCUAUAACGAUCCAGGAUCCUUGCUAUCAAGUCCGGAUUACGUUCAUGGACAAGCUAGUUGGUUUGUUGACUGCGCGGAAGCUGGGACCGAAUUAUAACGUCAUUCCAUUCUUGGCUGUGCAUGACCCGGAAGCCGAUGUCAUCAAUAGGGCAAAAGCGUACGUGAUGACUGCGUUGCGCAGCAUACCUAAAGUUUUCCGCCUCCAACAAUUUGAAGUCGUUUUCAUCCGCUUGCUGCACCUCGUCGCCCAUCAUCCGGACUUCGCUGUCAAUGCGGAGGCCCUACCAGAUCUUGCUAAAUACGUCGAGUUCUACCUGGAGCAUGUCGCUACCGCAGAGAACAUAUCGUUGCUUUACCACCUCGCUAUGAAAGCGAAGACGGUGCGGGACGCUGUCUCCCACAAGUAUAGCGAGAAUCUCUACGCUAUCAGUGAGCUGGCACAGCACCUCAUCAAGGCUCGUGCGAAGCAGCACUCGUGGAGUCUCGAGAGUUAUCCGGGCAAGGUUCGGUUGCCAGGCGACAUCCUCCGGCCACUACCCAACGCGGAGGCGGCCAGCGAGAUCAUCAAGACAGUGUAUCUUCCUGAGGAAACACUGGGUUGGCUCAAGGAGCACCACAAGGCUCACCCGAAGGCUGUCCAAGAGCCGAAGCCUGAGAAGCCUCGCGUGGAACGUAAGACAACUGGCAAGCGGAAAGCCCCUACCACCAAAACAAACGGGACAGCCAAACGAACGCGAACCAGUGCAAAGCGCCGGAAGGCGGAUGAUUCUGAUGAAGAUGAGCCUUCGUCGUCACCAUCAGAUGAGGACGACGAGGAUGAGGAAGAGGUUGGGCGUGCGACAGCACCCUCCGACUCAGAUAGUGAAGCAAAUGGCCACGAAGCUGAAGAGAAAGAAGAGAAACUUGGGCGAGGGGCGAGGACACGAGCUAAGGCCAAGAUCAAGCAGCAGGCCAAGAAGCCUACAAAACGGAAGGCGAGGGGCCAUUCCUCCGAAUGAUUUGCCUUGCUCCUUUGGAUGUCUCACGACUUGUUACGAGGGCUCCUUCCCUGUCUAUGGAUGCCGUAAUGAUCUGUCUGCUUCAUUUGCUGUAGCGUUGCUGUCUCUCGCUGUCUAUGCGCUAUAUAUCGUACCCCUAUCUUACUGAAAGCAAUCGGCGUGUUUUGUAUCUCAGGUUUUCCCCUUGGUGUUUGCCCAUAAUUCAGGACUGAAUGUGUUGUUGCCUUACGUUAAGCAACGGCGGAUCGCUCGCUGACGCGAGCGUAGAAGCUUGGAAAUUGGAACAGCGAGGCAAAAGUUGAGAGACGAUCAUAAUGCGCAAGGAGGUAUGUCUCCUGCACCGUCGUGUCGGACACUGCCCUUUCACAAA